UUUUGCUGUGUAUGCAGGGCAGAGUCUGAUAUCUUAGCCAGCUGUUUAGGACUGUGAACCGGUAGCAGGAAUAUUUUGUCUGUUGAUCAUGGUGAUGGAGAUUUAAUGUGACAGGAAUUAUGCCUCGUGCUGCACUCCGAUCCUCAUCAGCUGCUGCACUCCGUAAAGUAAGCCUAGAGCGUGUGAUAGGUCUGACAGUCAGCACCAAUGCGACCUUGACCUGUGACCUCAACACGGGGACCAUCGCUUAUCCUGCAGGAUGUGUGGUGGUUUUAUUCAACCCUCGACGUAAUAAACAGUCCCACAUCUUUAAUACUUCAAAGAAGACCAUCACCUCACUAGCUUUUUCUCCUGAUGGCAAACAACUUGUUACUGGGGAGAGUGGUCACCAGCCAGCCGUGCGAGUCUGGGAUGUGGCCGAGAAAACACAGGUGGCUGAAUUCCAUGGACAUAAGUUUGGAAUUGUUUGUGUUAAAUUCUCCCCCUCCCUGAAAUAUCUGGUGUCUAUUGGGUCACAACAUGACAUGAUGGUCAAUGUAUGGAACUGGAAAACGGGGACAAAAGUGGCAUCCAAUAAAAUCAGCAGCAAGGUGAAUUCCAUUGCUUUCUCUAAAGAUGGUUCCUUGUUUGUGACUGUUGGUAACCGACAUGUAAAGUUUUGGUAUUUGGAGAGCAGUAAAUCCAGGAUAAAUGAGACAGUGCCACUGCAGGGGAGAAAUGGUAUCCUAGGAGACCACAAAAACAAUUAUUUCUGUGAUGUAGCUUGUGGACAAGCCGUGUAUGCCAUUACACAAACUGGCUUACUGUGUCAGUUCAACGACAAACGACAGCUGGACAAGUGGGUGGAGCUAAGAACCACCAACGCCACCUGUGUGUCGGCUGGAGAAGAUCAUAUAUUUAUUGGUUGUGCUAACGGUGUGGUCAGGAUUUUCGAUGCUGUCAAUCUGAAUUAUGUGGGUACCAUGCCCCGCCCCCAUCAGCUUGGGGUAGAUGUAGCAUCAGCUCUGAGUCCCAGUCAGCUAAUUUCUCAGACAGAGGAUGCUAAGUUUCCAGACACUAUUGCAGUUAGUUAUGAUGAUGCUCAUAAAAAGGUGACUUGUGUAUACAAUGACCAUAGUCUGUAUGUAUGGGACGUUCAUGACGUAAGGAAAGUGGGCAAGUCCUGGUCCUUCCUCUACCACAGCAGUUGUAUCUGGGGGCUAGAGGUGAACCCUGCGACGACAGAAGACGUACGACCUGUAUUGCCCUCUGCUUCGUUUAUGACGUGUUCCUCAGACGACACGAUUAGGAUCUGGAAUCUGGAUCCACACAUGGUGGAAACUGAGAGUAGUAAGCGGAAUGUCUACUCUAAUGAAUUACUGAAGGUGGUUUAUGUGGAUCCAACGCUGACCUUCCUGAAGGACGUCAAUUACAAUCCAGCUGGGGGCACAGAUAAAACUGACACAAAUUAUGAUGGGAAAAACGGAAUUCGGUCGAUUGGGAUAAGUCCUGACGGACGACAUCUGGCCUCUGGAGACAGGAUAGGAAAUGUUAGGGUUCAUGAUUUGAUGAACAUGCACGAGCUGAUGAAGAUAGAGGCUCACGACCAGGAAGUUUUAUGUGUUCAAUACUCAUAUCUUAAAACAGGUCCACAGCUAUUGGCGUCUGCCAGUAGGGACCGUUUGAUACACGUCUUUGACGUGGAGCAGGGAUACGGUUUACUUCAGACCCUUGAUGACCAUUCCAGCUCUGUUACUGCCAUCAAGUUCACAGAGAAUGACGAACAAAUAAAGAUGCUCAGUUCCAGUGCCGACAAAUCUGUUCUCUUCCGUAAUGCUCAAACGACUCCAACAUUCCAGUUUGUUCUUGCAAGUCAACAUGUAGUAGGGACCAACAGUUUGUAUGACAUGGACAUCGAACCCACAGAAAGAUUUAUGGCAACUGCUUGCCAAGACCGAAACAUCAGAAUCUACAACAUUAAAACAGCCAAACAGAAGCAGUGUUACAAAGGAGCAGUGGGGGACAACGGGGUGUUGUUAAAGCUUCAGUUAGACCCCUCCGGUCAGUACGCAGUCACCAGCUGUACGGACAAAAGUCUGUGUCUGUUGGACUUUAAGACUGGGGACCUGUUGGCUACAAUGUUUGGUCACUCGGAGCUGGCUACCGGGGUGAAGUUUAUGCCUGACCUGAAGCGUUUGGUCUCCGUAUCCAGCGAUGGUUGUAUCUUUGUCUGGAGACUACCCCCUGAACUGACCGAGUCAAUGCGAGGCCGUCUGGAGGAGAUGGGGAGACUUCCCUUUGAGGCCAUCAAUGGGGAAAUCAACAGGAAGCGUGAGAGUUAUGAUGAGAUCCUUGGAAGAGCCCCAUUGUUCCCUAAUGAGCAGGUGAUUAAGACCCCCACAAAGAUUCUGGAGGAAUUACAAAAACAGAGAGAGGAAGAGCAGCCCGACUUCAGAUACAGUGUAGGACCACUGCCUAACUGGGCCAAGGUCAAGAUGGGGGAGAACAGUAACACAAAACAAAAACCUGACAGCAAACCGCUGCCCCGAGGCCGAUGGGCGAGUAGAAUAGAGAGUGUGGAGGAUCUGAGCCAGCUAGAGAUUGUGGAGGGCCGGGAUGACCAGAAAGCCCAGAAAGUUAGAAGAGAGACUGUGAUUCUGAAGCAGACUGAGAACACGCCAAGAAAAAUUCCCAGAAUUCCUAGCAAGGAUGAGGAUGAUGAUUUCUUCCCCAGAAAACAGAAAGAAGAAAAUAGCUCAGCUGAUGGUAAAGAUCCUCAGUGGCAUCGACUGUCAUUUCAUCGCAGCCAGGACGACCUGGAUGACCUUGACGAGGAAUCCCCUGAGGUCAUUUAUUACCCUCCCAGCGAGGGUUCAGUAGAUACCAACAGCAGUUCCUUCACAGUGUUCACUGGUCAGGGUGGCAGGAGAUUCCCCCGGGGAUCCAGUAGAUCAUCUCUGUCAGAAAGAACUCUGGAUGCUGAGUCUUCCAGCACUGACCCUGUUUCUGUUGAGGAACUGGAGGAUGAAGAGGAACAGGGAGAUGCUCCUUCCCUCCCCACCACCCCUGGGGAUGAUCUCUCAGCCCAAACCCCUCUCAGGGAAAAGUUCCUGAAAGAUACAUUUGAGAACCUGAGUUUUACACCGGACCACAAGGAGAGGUUUCAGAAGAACCUGGAUGAGGAGGAGAAGAAGAGGGAGGAUGAGGAAGAUCCAAACGGAUUCAAUCCACGACUGAGCAUCUCCUCCAGAUUUCUGUCCCGGGCACAGCAGGCCAACAUCAGGAACAUCUCUGUGUACAACAGCGUCCAGCGACAGGACAACUGGUUUGAUUCUCUACAGAAGAGGAAGGACGUAAUGGCCCGAGCUGUCGAUGAAACGCGGAAAACUCUAAUGGCUAUGGGCUGGAAGGACCAGAGUCCGGAGGCCGAGGCUGAUCCUCAUCACAGUCCUGUACAGGAAGUUCCUGAGGUCAGAAGAUCACUAGAAAGAGAGGAUAUUCCUUCCAGCCCUCGAACACCAACAUCUCUUCGCAGAUGUUGGUCAACCUUUGACCUUCCCAAACAGCCAAUCCAGGAGGAGCAUCCAGUCUCUGACCCCUGCACUGUUCACAUCCCCACCACAAAGGGUAACCCUCGCAAUGUACACUCACCACCACAGUGGCGUAGCAAGAUACCCACCCCUCAGUCUCUGUCUAGAUCCACCACCCAGUGUGGACCUGCACUUACAAGUGACAGUGAUGAAUCAUCCUCUGGGGGCAGGCAUACUCGUAGGUCACGACCCAGUACACUGUCCCUCAGCCGCGAAGAGAGAAAGAAACUGGAGCCACGAUCUCACUCCCAGAGUUCCACAUACAGGAAACAGACAUCCAGUUCACAAUCCCGACUGUCUACAGACCGCAAAGAGUCGGGGCCCCAGCUAAAUAAAAGUACUUCAAUGACCAACCUGAAUAGUAAAAAACAGAGCUCAAAAUCAAAACCAUAUAGAACUUUGACUAAAUCUGCUGCGUAUGCCUCUACUCCAAAUCUGGCCGCAGCAGCCCUCAGCGAUACGUCGGAGGACUGGGAACAAGAAAAUGGCAUCAUCAGUGGUAAUCUAUCAAACAGUGUGCCAGAUCUGUUAGAUGAUGAGCCACAAAAACUCAAGUCUAAAAGAAGUGAUGUUAAAAAAUUACUGCCUGAAACCAAAAGAUUCUCAACAGGGACACCUAAAAAAGCAAGUUCAACAACAGAACUUAGCAAGAGGCCAGUCCGAAUGUCACUGCCAGGAAAACAGAGUGAUAAAGACUUGAUGCCCCCACCUAACACAACGAAUGUAAAUGUGACAAAAUCCAAACAUAGUGUGUUUAUUAAGCGAGCUACUCGAUCUCAGACUCAAAACAAACAGGAACUCACACUUGAUCAGGCUAAAAACAUUCUGAAAGGAAAUUCAGGAAUUCUGCCUCAGAAACAAGGACCCAAAACUUCAGUAAAUGAAAAUCUCAGGCCUACUACUGCCAGUAAUAGAUCCAUUCCCAAAGUGACCUCACCCCCCGUUCAUCUGUCCAGCAACAUUCUACAGAUAACCACGGAGAUCGAGAUGACGGCUGAAGAACUGAGGAGACAGAAGAUAGAGUCAGCUUUCCAGGACUUGUCUGCAUUAGAUGCCAGUCCAAACGAUUUACCUGAAAAAGACUACACACCUCAGAACCCCAAUUCCUCAGUGACAUCCCUAACUUCUGUGUCCUCUCUUCCUAGCUGUAGCAGUCAGUUAUCUCCCCCUGAUUAUCUUGCCACCUCUCACCCAUCUCAUACAGACACUCAGAUGAAUGACUCAUGGGUGAGCACACUCACAAGUCACUCUGAUAAUGAGCUCGAUGAUACUCCUUCCAAAAGCAUCAAAGAAAGAAUAGCUCAGCUCACAUCUCACUCGAGUCCUCAGGGGACUUCUGUCAAUGUUAUCAGUAGUCCAUCAUCUGUAGCCAUGUAUUCACCUGGAUCUAAUGCCAGUCAGUACAGCUCAGGGGUGGGAUCCAGUUUAGACUCCGAGACUGCCACCAGAAUGUUCCAGGGCAUCAGUCCUCCAAGAAAUUUUAAGAGUGGGCAGGAGAAUUGCUACUCUCUAGAACACCCCCAGAAUGUGGUGUCUCAGUCAUCAAGUACGCAUCUAACCUCAGCCACGGAAACCACACCCACAAGUCAACCUCUGACCUCAGCCAUGGAAACCACACCCACAAGUCAACAGACCUCCUACACCCCCAGUAGAUCCACCUCUGUGUCUUCAUCAAGAUCCACCAUCACUCCCUCACCUAAACAGAGUCCAAGGAAAGCAGAUGAACUUCAGAUGAGCAUGGAAGCCAUCAGAGAUCUUAAGAAAACGGUGACCAUGGUGACAGAAACUUACAAAACACUACAAGACCAGAGUAAAGGGACGGACUCGGAGGGGCUCUGUAUGCUGAGAGAAGCGAUAUCUGAAUGCUGUACAGAGUUGAACAAUGUUAUAGAAAACAAACCAUCCACAGAGAUAAACAGUGUGAUCCUCCCCACCCAUUAUACAGAAAUCAAAGCCUUAAUUCGUCAAAAUCAACAAAUAUUAAUGAACAAUCAACAGAUGCUGAAAUCUCUAGUGCCAAAGUGACCAUAAUAUUGUGACUUGUCAAAGUGACCAUUACAUCGAUGACUGCUAUGUUGAUACUAUGACCAGAGUGACUGCUAUGUUGUUACUAUGACCAGAGUGACUGCUAUGUUGUUACAAUAGGAAAGUGAGCAUGAUGUCACACUGGUCAGAACUUGUGAUGCUAUUUUUUGCCAAAGCCAGUGCUUUCCUGUGCUUAUUUUCAGAUGAGCACACAUUACAGAUAUAGAUUCCAUGUAACUCAAAACUGUGCAUGAAAUAUCAGGAGUUCCAGAGAGUUGUCUGGAACUAAAAUGUGUCUUUCUUCUCUAUAUGUGGAUUCAAUGUAUAUUUUAUGGUGUCAGUUUUCUUUGACUCAUUUAUUAAGUGGUUUUACAAUAUAUUCUGAGAUUUAUGGCAAUUAUGGUUGUUAUAUUCCUUUAUGUGAGUUUAAUUCCAUGUCAUGAUUGUUUGGCAUUAUGUUUCAUGUGUUUUAAUUGUGUUCAUAAUUAAUUUCCAUAUCUAUGCCAGAGUGACCACUGUUUAUGGCAGAAUGGUUGCCAUGUCAACAUAUCCUUCACUGGUUGUGAAAUUACAAUUUUAAGUUAACACUGGUGUAUGUGUCUAGUCAACAUUCUGUCUCUAUAAACAAUUCAAAAACUAAGUCUCAUUUUUAUCCCAGAAUAACAUUAUAGACAGUCCAUCUAGGGCCUCUAGUGGUCUUUUACAAUGGUUAGUCAAUAACAGGGGACCUAAGUCCUCUCUACAUUGAAGAAAAAAGUUCUGAUGAGAUUUAUUAUUCACAAUAGUAAAUCAGUUGCACUAUAGAUUGUAGAGUAACUUUAUAAAUACUUAAUUUAAGAGAAACAUCUCUUAUUACUGUACAAUGUUAAUGCUUUAAGUCUACAACACUACCCUUUAACUAAGGAUGUAAAUUCUUUGAGAAAAGAUGUUAAGUACCAAUAUUUACUUUUUAAAGUCUUAACUUAUUAUUGGUUAAUAUUUGAAUGAUUUUUUAUUCUACCUCUUUUUUUUUUUUUAGCUCACCUGAGCCGAAGGCUCAAGUGAGCUUUUCUGAUCACAUUUUGUCCGUCGUCCGUCCGUCCGUCUGUCCGUCUGUCUGUCUGUCUGUCCGUCCGUCUGUAAACUUUUCACAUUUUUGACUUCUUCUCAAGAACCACUGGGCCAAUUUUGACCAAACUUGGUACAAAGCAUCCUUGGGUGAAGGGGAAUUUAAAUUAUUAAAAUGAAGGGCCAAGUCCCCUCACAAGGGGAGAUAAUCAAGAGAAGACAAAAAUAGGGUGGGGUCAUUAAAAAAUCUUCUUCUCAAGAACCACAGGGCCAGUAAAGCUGAAACUUAUAUGGAAGCAUCCUGGGGUAGUGUAGAUUCUAAAUUGUUCAAAUCAUGACCCCCGGUGGUAGGGCGGGGCCACAAUGUGGAAUCAAUGUUUUACAUAGAAAUAUAUAGGAAAAAUCUUUAAAAAUUUUCUUCUCAAGAACCACUGGGCCAGAAAAGCUUAAACUUAUGUGGAAGCAUCCUGGGGUAGUGUAGAUUUUAAAUUGUUCAAAUCAUGACCCCCGGGGGUAGGGCGGGGCCACAAGAGGGAGUCCAAGUUGUACAUUGAAAUUAAUAAGAAAAAUCUUUUAAAAUUCUUCUUCUCAAGAACCACUUGGCCAGUAAAGCUGAAACUUAUGUGGAAGCAUCCUGUGGUAGUGUAGAUUCUAAAUUGUUCAAAUCAUGACCCACGGGGGUAGGGCGGGGCCACAAGAGGGAAUCCAAGUUUUACAUUGAAAUAUAUAAGAAAAAUCUUAAAAAAAUCUUCUUCUCAAGAACCACUGGGCCAGAAAAGCUGAAACUUACAUGGAAGCAUCCUGGGGUAGUGUAGAUUCUAAAUUGUUCAGAUCAUGACAACUGGGGUAGGGCGGGGCCAUAAUAGGGAAUCCAAGUUUUACAUUGAAAUAUAUAAGAAAAAUCUUUAAAAAUCUUCUUCUCAAGAACCACUGGGCCAGAAAAGCUGAAACUUAUAUGGAAGCAUCCUGGGGUAGUGUGGAUUCUAAAUUGUUCAAAUCAUGACCCCCGGGGGUAGGGCGGGGCCACAAGAGGGAGUCCAAGUUUUACAUUGAAAUAUAUAAGAAAAAUCUUAAAAAAUCUUCUUCUCAAGAACCACUGGGCCAGAAAAGCUGAAACUUAUAUGGAAGCAUCCUGGGGUAGUGUAGAUUCUAAAUUGUUCAGAUCAUGACCCCCGGGGGUAGGGCGGGGCCACAAUAGGGAAUCCAAGUUUUACAUUGAAAUAUAUAGGAAAAAUCUUUAAAAAUCUUCUUCUCAAGAACCACUGGGCCAGAAAAGCUGAAACUUAUAUGGAAGCAUCCUGGGGUAGUGUAGAUUCUAAAUUGUUCAAAUCAUGACCACUGGGGUAGGGCGGGGCCAUAAUAGGGAAUCCAAGUUUUACAUUGAAAUAUAUAAGAAAAAUCUUAAAAAAUCUUCUUCUCAAGAACCACUGGGCCAGAAAAGCUGAAACUUAUAUAUGGAAGCAUCCUGGGGUAGUGUAGAAUCUAAAUUGUUCAAAUCAUGACCCCCAGGGGUAGGGCGGGGCCACAAUAGGUAUAUUAAAAGGGGGAAAUCUGGUAAAGAAUAGCAUGGCCAAAGUUACUCAGGUGAGCGAUGUGGCCCAUGGGCCUCUUGUUUUUUUUGCAUGUAUGUGGUUGCAAUCUCCAGUAAACUGGGAGAGUAAACAAAGAACAUUAACUCUUACUUGGAGAUUCGGUUGUGGUUAUGAUUUGAAAUUUUUUUUUGUUUGUACAUGUAUAUUGAAGAAAUGUUGUUAAAUUUAAUCUUUAACCAUUUGUGGAAUGGCAUUGUCAAACAUUUCAGCUAAAUGUUCCCAUACGGGACUUUUAUUUUAGCUUAUGUCUAUAUUUCUAUUAACCAUAACCAAGUCGCAUCUUUGUGGAGAAAAUGAUCUCAGUGUUUAAACGAAAGCUACAUUCCAUGUAUCUCUGAUGAACAUUAUAAAGUUCCUGACUUUCCAUAUAUUACCUUCAGCUGUUUUGUUAAUGUGAGUACAAUUUUGAUGGUUAUUUAAGCAUGGCAUAACAUUACUUUGUAGAUUCCAAAGGUGUUAUCUACUGUAUAAGACUUCUUUUUACUAUCUGUGGCAAAUCUUUUUAAUAGUUUUGGUCUUUGUACUGAAGAAUUUUUAAUUGUUUUGGUUUUGUUUAACCUCAGUUAGCAGUGUGCAUUCUGAAAAAAAAAAGAUUAAGGUAUCAUGGGAAGACUUUGGUUGUGCCAUAGUGUUGAUAAUAGAAUAAUUAGGCAAAGAUUUUCAAAGCUGAUCAAAUGUCAAAUUUUGUACAAAAUCCUCUAAUAUGUCAGAAUAUGAAGUGCUUGUGUAUAUAAUAACAAUAUUUUCACUCUAUGCAAAUUUGUUGACAAAUUUGUUAUAAUAAACUUAUCUUAAUUU